AUGGGCAAACAUUAUGUAUUCUGUGCAAUGAAAGUGUUGUGUGUCGCACAUCAAGUGUCAGACGGCACUUUGACACCAACCACAAAUGUGUUGCCGAACUUGGUGAAACUGAAAGAAAGCAGAAAUACUGUUAAAGAUCGAGUCCAGCGCAUGACAAGUGAUGUUAGUCAGCAGCUCACCACUGACUUACAAAAGGCAGCCUGUUACUCCAUGUGCUUGGAUGAAAGCACAGAUAUAAAUAAUCAUGCAAGGCUAGCAGUAAUUUUGCGCUAUGCUGUUGGUGACAUCAUGAGAGAAGAGCUGGUGAAACUGGUGUCUUUGCCUGAAAGAACACAAAGGAUAGAUAUCUACAAUGCUGUGUUGGAGGCUUUUUUGUCACAAAACAUAAGACCAGAAAAAGUGGUUUCAGUUACUAGUGAUGGGGCACCUUCUAUGGUGGGGGCAACAUCUGGUUUCAUACAGUUUUUUGUUAAAGAAACAAAACAUCAAGUCAUUCAGUUCCAUUGUAUUAUACAUCAAGAAGCUCUCUGUGCCAGGGAAAGCAGCAAAAAAAUUGAUGAUGUCCUCAAAGAUGUCUCAGAAAUGGUGAAUUACAUCAUGGCUCGUGCUCUGAAUUGUCGACAGUUUCAAGCACUUCUUGAGGAGGUUCAAUCACAGUAUAAUUGUUUACUUAUGUACAAUAAUGUCCGGUGGCUGAGCAGAGGACGAGUUCUGGAGAGAUUUGUAGCCUGCUUGGAUGAAAUUAGGCUGUUUAUGAAUGAAAAAGGGCAGGAAUAUCCACAGCUCACUGAUAUGGCCUGGCUCACCAACCUCAUGCUUUUUACAGAUUUUACACUACACUUCAAUGUACUGAACAAACAACUACAAGGUGUAGGGAAAACAGCAGAAAGGAUGUUUUGUGAUAUCAAAAAAUUUGAGAGAAAACUGCAGGUUUUUGAAAGAGACCUUGAAAGUGGGCAGCUGAAAUAUUUUCCAAAUCUAAAAAUGCAUUUAGAAAAUUCUACAACAUUUGCAGACAAUCCUACAAGCCAUCAGAAAAUCUACAAGGAAUUUUCUAGCAUUGUAGCAGCUGCAAAGAUCGAGACAUUCGACCCCGCCAAUCCCAAGGGCUGGGAGUCCUACGCGGAGCGGGUCGAGUUCUACCUCAGGGCCAACAAGGUCACCGACGCCGGCACGAAGAGGGACGUUCUCCUGAGCGUUUGCGGGGCAGCCACGUUCGAGAUCGCCAAGGGUCUCUCGGCGCCCGCCCGCCUCACGGAGAUGUCCUACGAGGAGAUCAUCAGGCUCCUCACCGGCCACUUCUCGCCUCAGCCUUCACGGGUGGCCCGCCGGUUCCUGUUCCACAGAAGGGACCAGGCAGUGGGGGAAUCGGCCGCCGACUACCUGGCAGCCCUCCGCAAGAUCUCGGCGGAGUUCCACUCCACAGACUCCACGUCCCUGCAGGUACUGAACUUGCCCCUCUCCACCCCCGAUAAAAUCAAAAUGGCGGUCCUCAUCGAAGGGAACCCCUGCCAAAUGGAAGUGGACUCUGGUUCCUCCAUCUCCAUUAUAGCGGAGGAAACCCUGAGGAAGCUGUGUCCCCCCCAGCGGCUGCAACUAAGGCCGGCGAACUUCAUACUCCGGGACUUUCAGAAAAAUCCGGUGCAAAUCGCGGGGUGGGCGCGGGUGCAAGUCGAGCGGGGGUCCUUCCACAGUCCGCUGGACAUCCUGGUGGUAAAGCGCCAGCUUACCACCCUGCUAGGACUGGUGUGGUUCAAACCCUUGGGGAUCCGGUUGGAAGGGGUGGGGCAAACCCUAACACCCAGGGGGUUCGGGGAGAUAUGCCAAGAGUUCCCUGACGUGUUCGAUGGUUCUCUAGGGAGCUACAAAGGGCCGGCCAUCUCCCUACCGCUAGACCCCACAGUCAGGCCGAUUCGGCUCAAGGCGAGGAGGGUCCCGUUCGCUUUAAAGCCAAAAAUAGAGGCCGAACUAGACCGCCUCACAGCCCAGGGAGUCCUGGAGCCCGUGGACUACGCCACCUGGGAGACCCCCAUCGUAACCCCUAUCAAGCCAAACGGGGAGGUGCGGAUCUGUGCAGACUAUAAAUGCACAAUAAACAAGGCACUGCAGGAUAACCCCUACCCAGUGCAGGUGGUGAGCCACGUUCUGGCUGCCCUAGCGGGGUCCAAGAUCUUCGGGAAGCUGGACCUGGCACAGGCCUACCAACAGCUCCCGGUAGAUGCUAAGACGGCGGAAGCCCAAACUAUAGUGACACACAGGGGGGCCUUCCGGGUGAGGAGACUUCAAUUCGGGGUUAGCGUCGCUCCCGGGAUCUUCCAGAGUAUAAUGGACACUCUCCUGAAAGGGAUCCCCGGAGUCCAGCCGUUUUUUGAUGACGUGCUAGUCGCCGCCCCGGACCCCGAAGAAUUCGGCAACCGCCUAAGAGAGGUACUCCACCGGUUCCAGGCAGCGGGGCUCAAAGUCAAGAAGGAGAAAUGCCUGCUGGGGGUCCCACGGGUGGAGUUCCUGGGGUUCGCCGUAGACGCAGCGGGAAUCCACCCAACGGAAGAAAAGACCCGAGCCAUUGUGAAAGCGCCAGCCCCCACCUGCAAAGCGGAGCUACAAAGCUUCUUGGGGGUGCUUAACUUUUACCAUUCAUUUCUCCCCCACAAGGCGGCCCUAGCAGAGCCCCUGCACCGCCUGCUGGACAAAAAAGCCCCUUGGGUUUGGGGCAAACGCCAAGCAGCCACGUUUCAGGCAGUCAAGGAUGUUUUGGUGUCUAAUGCGGUGCUCCACCAGUUUGACGAGGGCCUCCCCGUCAUCCUGGCUUGUGAUGCGUCGCCAUACGGGGUGGGAGCAGUCCUGGGGCACCAACUCCCCGACGGGAGGGAGGUACCGGUCGCAUACUACUCCCGCACACUGACACCAGCCGAGCGCAACUACGCGCAAAUAGACAAGGAGGCUCUGGCAAUCGUGGCGGGGGUCCGCAAGUUCCAUGAAUACCUGUAUGGGCGGAGGUUCACCAUAGCUACGGACCACAAGCCCCUCUUAGGUCUGCUGGCCCCCGACCGUCAAACCCCCCAAAUACUGUCGCAGCGCGUGUUGAGGUGGAACCAAUUCCUCAACUCCUACACUUACACACUGGUACACAGGGCCGGAAAGGCUAUGGGUCACGCGGACGCACUCAGCCGCUUGCCGCUUCCGGAAACGGGUCCAGACCCCGCCUCCGCACACCAGGUCAUGCUAAUGGAGAGCCUCCCGGAGCCGCCCCUACAUGCAGCGGAGGUCGCCAAGGCCACCCAGAAACACAAGACACUAGCACGGGUGCUCGACUGGGUGGUGAGGGGCUGGCCGGAGGGGAACAUGGGGGAAGAAUUCAAGCCGUAUAAGACCAGGAGGGAGGAACUAGCAGCCCACAAGGGGUGCCUGUUAUGGGGAAGUAGGGUGGUGAUUCCGCCCCCGCUGCAAAAGCGUGUCCUAGAAUCCUUACAUGAGACCCAUCCCGGCAUAAGCUGCAGAUCUCGAACCCCCCUGAUGAUUCAGGCUGGCAUCUGUGAACAGCUGUAUCUCCCUGGGGAAGUAGUAGAUUCUGCCUUGUUGGAGGUUGACAUCCCUGGACCACCAUUUCAGAGAGUGUUUGACUGCUAA